GAUGAUCAAGAUGUUGAAUGUAGAUAUAAGGAGACCAGAUUGAGAAACAUUUGCUUUAGGGGGAUUCCCAUAAGGCUGAACUUGUCUCUUUUUCUUUUAUUUAAAUUUGAAUCCAUUCUGCAGGGAUUUUUUGACAUUGCGGUGGAUAACCUGUACGCUGAGCCGGCCGUCCUGCAGUGGGUUAAAGAAAACAUUCCUGAAUGGAAGGACUGCAUCAUCGUGUCUCCAGAUGCUGGCGGAGCCAAGCGCGUGACAUCCAUCGCCGACCGCCUGAACGUGGACUUUGCCCUCAUCCACAAAGAGAGGAAGAAGGCCAACGAAGUAGACCGCAUGGUUCUGGUCGGGGACGUCAAGGACCGAGUGGCCAUCAUGGUGGAUGACAUGGCCGACACCUGCGGCACCAUCUGCCACGCCGCCGACAAGCUGAUCGACGCCGGCGCCACCAAGGUCUAUGCCAUCCUCACACAUGGUAUAUUCUCUGGCCCGGCCAUCUCUCGCAUCAACAGCGCCCCAUUCGAGGCCGUGGUGGUGACCAACACCAUCCCACAGGAGGAGAAGAUGAAGGCGUGCCCAAAAAUUCAGGUAGAUGUCUCGGAGAGUUAUUCCAUAAGCUUCCUGAGC